AUGGGCUGCCGAGACGAGCUGCGGAUCUCCUUGGCGCUCAUGGGGAUCUUGUUGCGGGUCGAUGUUACGCUUAGUCACCGCUUUUUGAGAGCGGAGGAGCAGCCCGCCAACGCGCUUCACCAAGGCUUUGCGACGAAACGCUUGGUUCGGGAUAUUGACGGCGCGCCUUCGUCUGCUUCGGCGAUCGUCAAGCGCCAGGCCGUGAGGGAGGCAGGAAGUAGCGUCGCCCGCUUUGUGCUGGUGUGGCGUCGCGCAGACAUAGCCCGGGACACGCGCGGCGCGUCCCGGCGGGCGGCGCGCACAACAAGAAUCGGCGGGGUGACGAAGUCAAAGCUGAGAACAGAGGAGGCAAGGGAGCAGGGGGGCCCUGCUGGGGUCCCACCAGAGACAUUGAAGCUCAUUGUUCCGCAAUCUACAAACAAAGGCUCCAAGCUGAUCACGCCAUUUUCGGAUCCGCAUUCGAGAUUGACUCUGAAUGAAGCGGAUAUUAGCGAGGGAAAACCUAUCCGGAUGAUGGGGGUUUAUGAUGAUGAAAUCGAGGAGGAGGUAUCUGACAAUGGCAAAAGACCUGACCAACGUAUAAUUGGAUUUGAUGAAGAAGAACAGCGGCUUAGGCAAAGAUCAUCAGGCAGGCCACAGAUUUCGCUCAAACUUCCUCAGGGACGAUACAUCUUCUGUGAUUUUCGGACACUUCACUUACCUGGGAUUGAGCUGAAUCCUCCACCUUCGGAAGCUCUGAAACGAAUGCACAUGCUUGCAUGCGACCCUGGUAUAAUUGUGAUCAUGAAAAAGCAUAAAUGGAGAGUCGGAAUCAUGACUGAGAUGACUCCUGUUGGAUAUGUAGGCGUUAGUCCGAAAUGUAUUUUAGGUUUCAAUAAGAACAUGGGAGAGGAGAUAUCUCUUCGCCUACGAACUGAUGACUUGAAGGGAUUCAGGAAGUACGAAAGUAUCAAGAAAACUCUACUUCAUGAGCUUGCACAUAUGGUGCACUCUGAGCAUGAUGCGAACUUUUUUGCUCUUAAUAAGCAGUUGAAUGAGGAAGCUACUUCCAUGGACUGGACCAAGUCUACAGGUCAUAUGUUGAGUGGUCGCAAAAUCUUUGAUUCAUAUGAAGAGGAAUUUGUUCUAGAACCAGAGAUAACUGUUGCUGGUCACAGGCUUGGGGGAGAAUCAAGUUCGCUGGCUAGUGCUCGUGCAUUGUCAGGGGCUGCUGCUUACCAGCGUUUUUUGGAUGCAUCUGCUAAGGCGGAUCAUGAUGCUUCAGGCACUAAAAUUGAAUAUAAUCCUGAUGAUGUUCCUCAAGAUUUUGUUCAUGAAACUUUGAAGGUAGAUCCAGAUCCAGAUGAUGCUAUGCAUGUGGAUUCAGCAGCUGGGAUAUCAUUGGCAGGACAGCCUACUAUCAGUUACUCUGAGCCUGAUCCUGAUGAUGUUGAGAAGCAUGAGAAGCAAAUUUCUGAUAGAUGCCUACAACCUGAUCCUGUUGAUUCCUCAAAUGCUAAUAAUCUGAACCAGGAGCUGAGCAUCGCAGUUUUGAAGUAUGAAUCUGACCCUGCUGAUUCCUCAAAUGCUAUUGUCAACCAGGAGUUGGUUAUCGAUGGGAAGCAUGGUGAAGAACCUGAUCCUGAUGAUACUGCUUGUCAAGAUGUUUUAAAAUCUGGAAAUGGGACAGAAAGGAUAACAGAACAAAGCGUAAACUCCACAGUUUUGAAGUCUGAACCUGAUCCUGACGAUCAUGUUGUUGAUUCAAACAGCAAUGAGCUGCAAAGGAUUGAAGAACCAGUGGCAGCCCUCUGUUCACGACUCCAGAAGUCCAUUGAGACGCUCCGGUUGCAAGCAACACCUGCAGAGGCAGAGUCUGCUAUUCAAACACUUUUUUAA